AUGAGUUCAUCUCUCCUGCUCUCUAGUCCGCGUUCUGAAGAAGAGAAACCCAUUGCUGUCUUGUGGGGCUGCGAGCUGAACACCAGCACCAGGAGGUGUGUGGUGAUGGAAGAAGAUGACUUCUUGGAACACCUGGUCUUACUGAAAACGAUCUGUCUCAGUGCAGAGGCCAAGGACGAACCGCACGUGGUGGCAGUAGCUUCAAAAAACACCUACGGUGACAACAGGCCAGUGCCCAUCGCUUCACUGAGGCUCUCUGUCCUACCCAUGAUCAGUCUUGAUGGCUUUGAAUUUAUCCCUCCUGUUGCCUUUGAAUUAAAGUCUGGAACUGGGCCAGUUUAUCUCAAUGGACAACAUCUAAUCUUGGAAGAUGAUGCAGAAUAUGAAGCCAGAGGAGGAUGGCUAGCAGAGGAGUCGUUCUCUUCAGCUGUUGUGGAAGAAGAUACAGACAGGUCUGCUGAAGCUGUCCAGCCCCCUGCUGCAGUGUGUGUGGAGUGUACCAGCAGGACUCUGCCCCUGGAAAACUUCAGACUCUAA